CCCGCAAAAUCCACUUCGGGUCGAACUCUCAACGUGACAGCCCAACAAGUUUCCUCACUCCCCACUCUUCUUCCGCCGUCGCUGAAAACUCCACCCACCGCCCGCCGGAGUUCUCUCUCUCCUCGACAUAUGGACUCCUACUCCUCUCUCCUCGACCGAACCCGAGCCCCUCACCUCUCCCUCCAGAAAUUCGCCGUAAUCUCAAUCUUCGAAAAACUCCGAUCAUCCCCUCCGCCUCUGAACCCCGACUCCGACCCCGGCCGAGACGCCGUCACCCAGUGCCUCCGCUCCGCAUCUCCCGCCGUCGUCGACCAGUCGGUCCGGGAGCUCUGCCGCCUCGUGAAGGACUCCAAGUUCGACCUCUCCCGCGCGCUGUUGGAGCUCCAGUCCGCCCUCGAAGGCUGCGAGUCGCGCUUCGUCGACGUAUUCGUUAAGGGGCUAGGGUUUCUCGUCAGAUAUGGGUUUCGACGGGACAGUUCUUCGUUUCGGUUUCCUUCAGCGGAGACGCAUCCGUUCGUUCAGGUUCUUUCUUGCAGAAGGGAGGUUCAAUCUGAACUUGUGCAACAAGUGCUUCUAUUCAUUGCGCAGAACAAACGAUUUGGAAUGGUGGAAGUUUGUGAUUUCUUGAGACCCUUCAUGUACUUUUUGAUUAUAAGAAAACCCUAUUCGGCUUCUCUUUCUAUGUUUCCGAAGGAUUUAAUAACAUCAAUGGUUUCCAUGUGUUGCUCAUUCCCUCUGGAGGCAUUGCCUCUAAUUAAGCUCCUGGUGGGAUGUCUCAAAAGUUUUACUGCCGUGGAAGCUGAUGAGUUUAGGAAUAUCCAUUAUUUUGUAGAUUAUAUUGCAGAUGCAUAUGUCGUGGUUUUGAGAAAUUUGGUCAAGACGGGAUUGCAGCAGGUUCAAGAGGCUCAACUAUGCGUGGUCGAACUGCUUGAGACUGUUUUUUCGCUGUUUCCUGAUAUGCACAAGCACUCUGGUGGAGUUGAGCCUGUUGUGGAAGUAUGGAAACGUUUAGUAUGUGGCCAGAAAGAGCUUGGCUUGAGUUAUAUACCUGAACUGUCGAGAGUAACAUUGUCCUUGUUUAUUACGCUCAUUCAAUCCGAGUUUGAACAUCAACAACUUUCUAUAUUGAAACUUCUCAUCUUCCUCUUCAAGUGGAAAAGUGAAAAUGAUUUUGCAGACACACUUGGGUUAAGAGAAGAGCUUCUAUUUGUUUUUCCUAUCAUCAACCUUGUCUCAUCGCCUUCUAAAUCUGUUAAGCAAGCAGCAAUUGAUUUGCUUUCCACGAUGAAAAAGCUUUUAGUGAGUUUGCCUGUUGCAACAAAGAAAGAACUGAUUGUGCAAGGGAAAUUUCCACCUGUUAGCAGAGCUGGAGAUAUUGUUUUUAGGCUUUUGCAACAUUUAUGGUUUCAGGAUCAACCUUCACUUUCAAGUUCUUUCUUUUUGAAUUUUGGUCCUAAUGAUGGAACCAGUAUCAACAAUUUGCACAAUGUGCCAAAGACAUGGACUUCUCAGCUGAGAGAAUAUGCUCUGUGGAUUGUAGAAAGACGAAAGUCCUCACUUCCCAUCUCUCAGUCUCAAGAGAUCUUUCUUGCAGAAAUGCCUUUGUUACUAAGUGCAAUUGCUAGCGUUUUGGUCAUGCACGAUAAACUGGGGAGUUCAGCUGUAGAUCUCUUGGCCGUUGUCAGCAUUAUGGAUCCUAAGCUCGGAGUUCCAUUGUUGCUAACGGUUUUGUACUACAAUAACAUAUUGUCUGGUAAAGACAAAGAUAGUAGCUUCCAUAAAAUGUUGCUAAAACUUUUGGGGAUGCUUCCUUCACUUGCUUCCCAUCCUCUGAUGAUACCGCUCAUACUUCAGACUAUUUUGCCCAUGCUUCAAAAGGAUGCAAAACCAGUGUUGUAUGCUACUGGUACACGCUUGCUCUGUCAGGCCUGGGAGAUCAAUGACCGUGUCUUUGGGAGUUUGCAGGGAGUAUUGCUUCCAAAAAGUUUCAACCAAUUCAUGUCUGAGAGAAAUAUCUGUAUAAGUAUGGCGGCUUCCAUUCUGGAUGUUUGCAGAAAAAAUCCUGAUAGGGGCGUGGACCUCAUCUUGUCUGUUUCAGCUUGCAUCGAGAGCGAAGAUCCUAUAGUUCAAGCUCUUGGUUUUCAAAGCCUUUCCUAUCUUUGUGAGGCUGAUGUGAUUGAUUUCUACACUGCUUGGGAUGUUGUUUCGAAGCAUGUGCUGGACUCCUUGGGAAACCCUCAUGUUUCUCAACGUGCAUGCCUUCUCUUAAGAUGGGGUGCAAUGGAUGCUGAAGCGUACCCUGAAGCUGCAGGAAAUGUUGUACAAAUAUUGUGGAAUGUUGGAACCUCCAAACAUUCAGAUCGUGGGUCUCUAUGGGCAAAGGCGCGGGUCUCUGCUUUUGAAGCAUUAACUCAGUAUGAGGUACCACACAUUCAGAAAAGCCUCCCAGAUUUUAAGAAAUGGAGUAUGGAGCUGCUGAUCUCUGAGACUGAUCCUGAUGUACUAAGGGCCAUGGAAGUAUUCGAAGUGAAGAUUAUAAACUAUGAGCACAUCACAAGGCGAAGAUCUGUGAAGGAGAAAAGAGUUGCUGGAAACAAGAUUGAGAAGUUGCUUGAUGUUUUUCCUCAGGUUAUUUUUGCAUCAGGAAAUAUCUCUGGAGCUAGAAAGUUACCUGGUGCAGCUCUAUUUUGCUUGCCCUUGACUUCUAAAGAUGGGAACAGGAGGAAUCAAAAAUUGCAGGCAUUGCAAGAUGUACAUGCCGAAUAUGAGAAUGCAGUUGUGGAGAUAGCUGCAUCUCUGCAGCUCUCAAGAAACAUUUUGAUUGCACUUCUUUCGCUACAAUCUUGGAAACCCUUCAUGCAACGCUGGAUGAGGGAUAGUGUCAUUUUGUUUGAUGCAAAGGCAACUUCCACCGCGUUGGAUAAAGCAUCUAAAGCUGCUAACGGUAUUUUCAAGAUUAUGAGACGGAUUGCAGAGGAAUCAAUUCCAAGAUCUGCAGAAAACAUUGCACUAGCUUUGGGUGCUUUUUGUGAGGUCUUGCCUCAAUCUGCACAUGCUGUUAAAUCAACUGCGUCAAAGUUCCUGCUUGGUUGGCUAUUCCAAUAUGAACAUGAACAUCGGCAAUGGUCAGCUGCUGUUUCCCUUGGAUUGAUCUCAAGUUGUCUGCAUGUGACGGAUCACAAGCAAAAGUUCCAAAACAUCAAAGCACUUAUUGAGGUUGCAUCUUGUAGCAGAAGCACGCUCGUAAAAGGAGCUUGUGGAGUUGGAUUGGGAUUUUCAUGUCAGGAUCUUCUUACCAGGGUUGAAGGUUCUGACGACUCAAACUUGGAAAAAGAAACACACAAGAUCCAAGAAGUAGAAAUUCUAGGAAAAAUUGUUAGGGUCUUAUCUCAGAUGAUGUGCAAGUUAUCUCCAUCUUUGUUUGAUCUUUUAGAAAGUAUAUCUGUUUAUUUCCCACUGGCUACAGAUGAUACUGAUCCAUAUCUAACAGCUGAAUCGCUGGAUGAGAACUGUAAUGAUUUAGAGGAAGAUAUAUGGGGUAUUGCAGGGCUUGUCCUCGGUCUGGGGAGUUCUAUUGGUGCAAUAUACAGAUCUGGGGCCCACGAUGUUGUGCAUAAGAUUAAGGCUUUCAUCAUAUCAUGGAUUUCGAAUUCUAAUCCUUUAGUGCAAAACUCUUUUGGCAGUGAAGCUUUGGAUAUAGUAUUCUCUGUGGGAUCUUGUCUCGCACUUCCCUCUGUAGUGGCAUUUUGCCAGAGAGUGGAAUUAAUAAACGACACUGAACUCGACCAUCUAGUGAGUGGUUUGAAGGAGCUCAUUUCUGAAGUAUUGUCUGUUAAGAAAUCGUGUGCCUUCCGCCAGAGCUUGUUGAUGGCAUCUUGCGUUGGAGCAGGAAGCCUACUUGCCUGCAUUUCGAACGAAGGUGUGCACUCUUUGGAAGUUGAACUUGUAAAAGAUUUGCUGGCCCUGUUUAGGGAAUGCUACUCUAAUCCUCAUCCUCCUCUAAUCCCCUUGGGUGGGAUGCUUGGAGUUGUUAAUGCACUGGGAGCUGGUGCUGGGACUGUCGUUCACAAUUACCCUUCAACAACCUUGCAAAUUGCUUAUGGUCAAAUGGAUUCUUUCCACAUAGUUGGUCCUUUACAAGCAAGUCUUGUUUUGGAAGCCCAAUUGACUGCAUUGAUACAGGAGAUGUUUCUUGUUGCACAAAAUUCCGAUGACCAUCAACUGCAACAGCAUGCAGCAUGGGCAGUGUCAUUUCUUCGACAUCAUUUGUGGUUCAGAGAAUUUCAUAAAGUCGAUGUUAGUUUCCCAAGUAAUGCAGCUGGUCAAAAAUCUGUAUCUCAAAAUCUUCCCCACGAUGGGGUAGUCAUGGAGCUCUCUUUGUGGCUUAUGCAUCUGAACUAUCCUGGUACAGGUACCUUCUCACAUGUUAACACAGUUGCAACUGUUAUUCGGUGCCUGUCACAAGCUCCCAGAUUGCCAGCAUUGGAUUGGGGAGCAAUCGUCAGACGGUGCAUGAAAUAUGAGGGUCAAGUUGCUGAAUUAUUGUCUCCAAAUUUAGCUCCUAAAAGAGGAAUCCUCAGGGAAGAAUGCCUGCAGUUAUCUUUAGCACACGCAAAACAAUUGAAUCCACUAUUAAGCUUCCUUGAUGAGCUUUCUGAUCUGUCUAGGUUCAGGACACUUGAGAUCAAUCUUCAGUCAUGGUUUCUUUCUCACUUGGCAGACCUGAUAAAGGUAUUCUCAGGUUCAAGGCUUGAGAAACUAUUCGAUGACGUGGCUAACUUCUUUUCUUCUUUACUCUCGAACCAAGUUUGUAAUGUGGAACACAAAAGCUCAUUGCGGGUUUCUUGCUGGAAUGGUCUUUAUCUUUGUAUAAAUGAAACUUCUCUCGACUCUGAAGUUUAUGUACCAAUUAUGGAACAUUGCAUGGAGGCCCUCUUUUCUUCAUUGCCUAUUUUGCACUCAGCCCCUGCUAGUGAAGGGAUGGAGCUGGUGCAUUCAGUAGAGUGGUCUGCAGCAGUUAGAUGCCUUGCAAGGGCUCGACAGGGUUGGUUAUUUAACCUUCUGCAGGUUCCAGAAGGAAAAAUAGAGGAAAGAGAUCGUGACUUUUCUGAGGUAGUGAAAAAGACUCGAGCAAAGGCCAGACUAAUUAAGAUUGGUUCCAUCCCGUUGAGUGACCUGGGGAAACUGAAAGUAUAUCUGUUGAACACUAAAUCAGACGGUAUUUGGGAUGUUUUGGUAGACAUUGUAUCAGCUCUGCAACAUGUUGAAGGGCGUAUCAAAAGGCAGUGGCUUCUUGAUGCAGUGGAAAUUAGCUGUGUAACAUGUUAUCCUUCCACGGCUCUGCAGUUUCUUGGUCUGCUCUGUGGUAGCUUCUCCAAGUAUAUGCCUCUCCUGGUUUUGGACCCAGUUACAGUGCUGAGUGAUCUACCAGUUACGCUUUCUUCUCUUUUAUUGGAUAACAGCAGCUGGGGGGUGGCUGUGGAGUCCGUGGUUUCUUAUUUGUGGGCAUCCACGGAGAGAAUUUAUGAUUGGGAACGCGGUUUUGAUACCCCUACCCCUUAUCCUCCUAUCGAUGACAGUGAGAGUGACAUGGCUGUUUUCCUGUUGCGCGUGAUGCAUUGUGCCUGUGUUUCUUUGAGAGCCUAUUUGCCUCCUGAGAAGCAGCUUAAGCUUGCCAACUUGAUGAUACCUUGAAGUCAAAUUUUCCUGGUAACUCAUGUGUUUGGGCCAGCUCACGCGUUGCGCAUUGUUUGACCCGCCUAGACCUUCGGGGGCCCUCCCAACUAAUUUUCGGAACCAGUUUCACCUAAGUCGGAGCGAAACUCCGUAAGGACUGGCCACAUAGUAGCUGCUGAUAACACAUGGGAGGUUUCGGACCCGAGACUCCUAAACCUUGACCCCAAGACCAACCCCUUGAAUAUCUUGAAUUCUGAGGACAUGCUUUGAGAAAUCUUUAACAAAGAUGCUUGAACUCAAGACGGAAACGAUGUCAUCAAAAACAUGAUAGAGAGAGGAUUUUUCUGGUUUUGGUUUUUGUAGAUACACUUCAAGGAAUUUCACUUUUAUCAAUUGAAAAUGAUAUUAAUUGGGAAAAUAGUCCCAUUUCUCUUUGGCUUCA